CUAUAAUUCCCUUUGGCAGUCACGUUGAUAGCCGUAAUUUACUGUGAAAAUCGUGUUAGGGAGGUAUUCAUACACAUUACUACUUAUAUGCGUAUACAUAUUACUAGACUGAAAACAAAACGGUAUUUUACUGAAGUAGCUCACCUAUGAGUGGUCAAUGGUACAUUACUUGAAAUGUUACUUUCAGCAACGUCAGGCGGACGGAACUACCAUUACGACAGACAAAGUGAUGAGCUCAGAAGACUCCAACCCCGCCGCCACACCCACUCCUGGCGUGGACACCCAGGGAGAUGGGCGAUGGAUGUCUUUGCAUAACCACUUUGUGUCUAACAGCAAGGACAAGGAACCAGAUGUCCUGUUUGUAGGAGACUCUCUUGUCCAGCUCUUGUACCAGUUUGAGGUGUGGCGAGACCUGUUUUCUCCUCUCCACGCUCUCAACUUUGGGGUGGGAGGUGAUGCAACACAGCAUGUCUUGUGGAGAUUGAGCAAUGGAGAGUUGGGCCACAUCAGCCCAAAGGUUGUGGUGCUGUGGGUGGGCACCAAUAAUCAUGGUCACACUGCAGAACAGAUCUGUGGAGGCAUCAUGGCCAUAGUCCAACUCAUCAAGGACAAGCUGCCGAAGGCUUACACUCUUGUGCUGAUGAACGUGGUACCUUCAGGCGUUUGGAAAUUGCUCCCAAGGAUGAACCAGACUUGUAAAGGUCUACAAUUUUUUUCUGAGGUCUUGGCUGAUUUCUUUUGAUUUUUCCCAUGAUGUCAAGCAAGAAGGCACUGAGUUUGAAGGUAGGCCUUGAAAUACAUCCACAGGUACACCUCCAAUUUAUUCAAAUGAUGUCAAUUAGCCUAUCAGCAGCUUGUAACGCCAUGACAUAAUUUUCUGGAUUUUUCCAAACUGUUUAAAGACGGUGAAUUUAGUGUAUUUAAACUUCUGACACACUGGCAUUGUGAUACAGUGAAAUAAUAUGUCUGUAAAUAAUUGUUGGAAAAAUUACUUGUCAUGCAAAAAGUAGAUAGUAGUCCUAACCAACUUGCCAAAGCUGUAGUUUGUUAACAAGAAAUUUGUGGAGUGGUUGAAAAACGGGUUUUAAUGACUCCAACCUAAGUGCAUGUUAACUUCCGACUUCAACUGUGUCUGUGAUACUGCGAUUCUGUAGCCGCUGAUGUUGUGACUUCCUUCAGGCUGGUGUUUAGUCAACACUCAGUGCUGUGGGAUUAAUAUAUUCCAAGAUGGCUUGGCACUCAGAUGUCUUUGUUCUUGUCUUGUCCCGUGUAUAUAUAUCUUUUUUUUUCUUGCAUAUCUUUUUUAUAUUUUUCCUAAACAUCAACUUCAAUAUAGUCUCCUGCAACCAUCCUCACCCAAUGUGGUAUGAUCUGCUAUUUUCUGAAGUAUUUUACUUUACUUUCGAACCAGAAUCGCCCAACAGAGGCUAGCCAGCUAACUAGCUACUAGGUAGUAGUUAGCUAACCACUGCUAGCGGACAUCAGCUAACCUCUAGCUCGGAAAUCUCUCGCCAGUUUGCGCCAGUUUGAACAUGAUUCAAACCAGAGCACACCGGACUUAUUUUCUCUCCAUAUCCCCGGAUUCCUACCGCAAGCUCUGAACCUUUUUCACCCAGAUCAUCGCAGCUAGCUAGCUGCAAUCAGAGUUGCUACUCCUAACUAACGUCUCUAUCCCAAAGCAAGCACCAAUUAGCCUGUCGCUUUCCCUUGUGAGGCCCAUCUCCCGGCUAGCUGAAGAGGUCCAUCAGCCACUCAUUGGGCUGCAAUACCUAUUUUGCCAAUUGGCCUGGACCUCUUUCAUUACAUGAAGCCCUGUUAAUCCAUCAUGACUGGACUUCUGACGUAAUCUGCCCGAGGGUUAUUUUUUGCAACAGGCCCCUCUGUCGCGACGUCCCCUGAAUGCCCAUCUGCUAGCCGCGGCCCGCUAGCUGUCUAGAGCAUAUCGGACUGUUAGCUGAAUUUUCUUGGGCCACUGUACCUAUUUUGCCAAUUGGACUGGGAACCUUUACUACACAGAACCCUACUAAGCCAUCACGGCGAGGCUCCGCAUGAGGAGGCUACAACAGACUUCUUCCGUUGCGACGUACCUCUAAGGCCCUUCUGCUAGCUUGCUAGCCCCGGCCCACUGGCUGUCUGAAUCGCCGUGUCUCCAGCCAGCUUAACUACUCACUGGACCCCUAUGGUCACUCUGCUACGCAUGCCUCUCCCUAAUGUCAAUAUGCCUUGUCCAUUGCUCUUCUGGUUAGUGAUUAUUGUCUUAUUUCACUGUAGAGCCUCUAGUCCUGCUCAAUAUGACUUAGCUAAACCUUCAGUUCUAUCGCACCCAGAAACAUGCUCCUUUUACUCUGUUCCGAACGUACAAGACGACCAGUUCUUAUAGCCUUUAGCCGUACCCUUAUCCUACUCCUCUGUUCCUCUGGUGAUGUAGAGGUUAAUCCAGGCCCAGCAGUGAUUAGCUCCACUCCCAUUCCCCAGGCGCUCUCAUUUGUUGACUUCUGUAACCGUAAAAGCCUUGGUUUCAUGCAUGUUAACUUCUUGCGUCCAAAUACACAUCUGCUGUCUUCAACCAAGGACUCAGCGAUCACUGCCUCAUUGCCUGCACCCAUAAUGGGUCUGCGGUCAAAUGACCACCCCUCAUCACUGUCAAACGCUCUCUAAAAUACUUCAGUGAGCAGGCCUGGCCCGGGUAUCCUGGAAGGAUAUUGACCUCAUCCUGUCAGUAGAGGAUAACUGGUUAUUCUUUAAAGGGCCUUCCUCGCCAUCUUAAAUAAGCAUAAGCCCCAUUCAAAAUAAUUGAACCUGGAACGGAUAUAGCACUUGGUUCACUCCAGACCUGACUGCCCUUGACCAGCACAAAAAACAUCCUGUGGGGUACUGCAUUUGCAUCAAAUAGCCCCCACGAUGUGCAACUUUUCAGGGAAGUUAGGAACCAAUAUACACAAGCAGCUAGGAAAGCUAAGGCUAGAUUUUUCAAACAGAAAUUUGCAUCCUGUAGCACAAACUCCCAAAAGUUCUGGGACACUGUAAAGUCCAUGGAGAAUAAGAGCACCUCCUCCCAGCUGCCCACUGCACUGAGGCUAGGAAACACUGUCACCACUGAUAAAUCCACGAUAAUUGAGAAUUUCAGUAAGCAUUUUUCUACGGCUGGCCAUGCUUUCCACCUGGCUACUCCUAUCCCUGUCAACUGCCCUGCACCCCCCACAGCAACUCUCCCAAGCUUCCCCAUUUUUCCUUCACCCAAAUCCAGAUAGCUGAUGUUCUGAAAGAGCUGCAAAAUCUGGACCCUUACAAAUCAGCCGGGCUAGACAAUCUGGACCCUCUCUUUCUAGUAUUAUCUGCCGCAAUUAUUGCAACCCCUAUUACUAGCCUGUUCAAUCUCUCUUUCGUAUCGUCUGAGAUCCCCAAAGAUUGGAAAGCUGCCGCGGUCAACCCCUCUUCAAUGGGGGAGACACUCUAGACCCAACCUGCUACAGACCUAUAUCUAUCCUACCCUGCCUUUCUAAGGCCUUUGAAAGCCAAGAAAAACAAACGGAUCACCGACCAUUUUGAAUCCCACCGUACCUUCUCCGCUAUGCAAUCUGACUUCCGAGCUGGUCAUGGAUGCACCUCAGCCACGCUCAAGGUCCUAAACGAUAUCAAAACUGUCAUUGAUAAAGAGAAUACUGUGCAGCUGUAUUCAUCAACCUGGCCAAGGCGUUCGACUCUGUCAAUAACCACAUUCUUACCGGCAGACGCAAAAGUUGCGGAAGCUGGAGUCUCAUAUCUCCCUCUCUAACUUCAAGCACCAGCUGUGAGAGCAGCUCACAGAUCAUUGCACCUGUACAUACCCCAUCUUUAAAUAGCCAAUCCAACUACCUCAUCCCCAUAAUGUAUUUAUUUAUUUUGCUCCUUUGCACCCCAGUAUCUCAACUUGCACAUUCAUCUUCUGCACAUCUACCACUCGUGUUUAAUUGCUAUAUCGUAAUUACCUCACCACUAUGGCCUAUUUUAUUGCCUUACCUCCCUUAUCUUGCCUCCAUUUGCACACGCAGUAUAUACUUUCUUUUCUACUGAAUUAUUGACUGUAUGUUUGUUUAUUCCAUGUGUAACUCUGUGUUUGUGUCAAACUGCUUUGCUUUAUCUUGGCCAGGUCACAGUUGUAAAUGAGAACUUGUUCUCAACUAGCCUACCUGGUUAAAUAAAGGUGAAAUAAGAAAUAUAAGCGCCUUCUAAGAGAUUCGUUAGACAUUUCUCUUGGCUUCUUUUCUGGAGAUGUUCUCCUUGAAUUCUUGUAAUAAACUGGAAAGAUUUAGAUUAAUAUGAUUGACUGCUCUCCCUUUUGUUCACCUUUGAAAAUCCCUUUUACAACCAUUAAACGUUUUGAUAACACAAACUUAAAUUAUGAACUGCAUACUUUUUGGACUCCAUUAUCAUUGCUAACCAUAUUGUCACGUUUGUCCUUGCUAGCAUGGGAAUCUAGUGAUUACAAUGCACAGGAGGUUGGUGGGACCUUAAUUUGGGAGAAUGAGCUUGUGGUAAUGGCUGGAGCUGAAUGACUGGAAUACUAUCACACACAUGGUUUUCAGGUUUUUGAUGCCAUUCCAUUUGCUCCAUUCCAGACAUUAUCAUGAGCUCUUCUCCCCUCAGCAGCCUCCUGUGCUUUCAUGUAUGUCUCCAA